AACAUCCGCAAUGACUCCUCCACGCAUCGCAAUCGUGCUGAUUACGCUCAUUGUCGGGUCAGUCCAGGCCGAAAGCUGCAAAUGCUCGCCUCAGGACCCCUGUUGGCCUCCAGCCUCGAAUUGGGGCACGCUCAAUAGAACACUUGACGGACGUUUAAUACAGUUCAACCCGCCGGGGUCAGUCUGCUACACAUCUCAGCCCGAUUACAACCAGGAAGCCUGCGAUAGUCUUAUCGUCCAGUAUUCCACAUGGGCAUUCAACUCAGCGAACCCGGCCAGCAUGGGUACGAAAGAUGCUUGCGAUCCAAUUUAUCCCAACGGCACCAGUAUCUUUGGUGAUACUCAUGCAGGAGCCACAGGCUGCUCCCUUGGUACACUCUCCCCUUACGUGGUGAAUGCUACGGAGGCGGGCCACGUAAAAGCUGCGUUGCAGUUUGCUGAGGAUCAUAACCUGCGUCUGAAUAUCAAGAACACCGGACAUGGUGGAAAGCUGAGUAUCUGGACGCAUCACAUGAAGUAUUUCGUCUUUCACGAAACAUUUCAGCCUGUCGGGUGUCUCAACACCAGCAAACGCGAUGCGCCCAUGGCGGCCACUAUCGGCGCAGGAUUACAAGAUGGAGAGCUUUUCGAGGCACUGGCCGGCCACAAUGCAUUCGGAACUGGCGGAACCAAUACAGACGUUGGCGUUGUCGGGUGGUCGACCGGGGAAGGGCACGGCUUCAUGACAGGUGCUUAUGGUCAAGGAGCCGACAACAUCAUUGAGGCAUCUGUCGUCACACCCUCUGGAGAUGUCGUCGUGACCAACGAAUGCCAACACGAAGAUCUCUUCUGGGCUAUCCGCGGCGGUGGCGGCGGCACCUUUGGUGUCAUUCUGAACUUGACUCUUAAGGCGUAUCCUAUGCCCAACGUUACUCUCUUCGGGAUCAACGCAGUCGCUAAGAACGGCACUUCACCCAAAAGCUGGUGGGAGUUUGUAGCAAGAUUCCAUACGAUCAUACCAGCCCUCCAAGACCAAGGACUUCACGGAUAUUGGUCAAUGGACGCUGCAUCCAGAGCACUGGGUGGCUCAUUCUUCCUGUGGAAUGCCGACAACGCAACAGUCGCUCGAGUCACGGCACCCCUGCAGGAAUUCUUCAAAAACUCGUCUGACUCGAUUACAUACACUGCUGCACCCAUCAAAUUGACUACCUUUUAUGACCUUGUGAAGCAGCUGCCAACUCUCGGCGACAUGAGCAGGAACAGCGCGACAUCAGCCUCCAGGCUCGUCUCACGAGAUUUACUGACGCAGAACCAGACGGCUUUUGCGGAGACUUUGGAGAAGCUCGCUGAGAAUAAUACGCAAGACAGUAUCUCUUUCUCGGGUACUAUGACGAUCAGCUCCAAGCCAGUCAACAAUUCGCUCAACCCCGUGUGGCGGCGUGCUUCAAUUCACCUUAUCGCUUCGCAGUCUUAUCCCGCUACUCUUUCGUCGAUCGAGACCGAGAAAGUUGUGAGCGACAUGACAUUCAACAAGCUCAAUCUUUUGCGAGAGUUGGACCCAUCUUCUGGAGCAUACUUGAAUGAGGCGAAUGAUUUGGAGCCUGGCUGGCAAUGGUCCUUCUUCGGGGAGAACUAUGGUCGCCUUUUUACGCUCAAGAAUAGGUACGACCCAAAUGGGCUUCUUUGGUGCAACAAAUGUGUCGGGAGCGAGCAAUGGGUGACGGUCAAGAACGGUAGUCUUUGUCCUGCGUAUGCUUUUCAUCAAUAA